AUGAAGGAACGUGUUCGUGAAAUUCAAAAUUUUAAUUUGAUUUCACAAAUUUCACAUACACCACGACGAGCGGUGAAAACAAUAUUUAAACUUAAAAUGUUGCUAUUAGGCGAAACGUUCCCUAAUUUUACAGCCGAUUCGACUGCUGGAGAAAUAAACUUCCACGAGUGGCUUGGAGACUCCUGGGGAAUUCUGUUCUCCCACCCGUCGGACUUCACUCCAGUAUGCACUACAGAGUUAGCUAGGGUGAUAAAACUUAUGCCGGAGUUUGCUAAACGCAAUACCAAGGUCAUUGGACUUUCCUGCGAUUCUAUAGCGUCUCAUGUUGAAUGGUGCAAAGACAUCAUAACCUAUGCUGGUAUCAAUGAAGAUGAAAAGUUCCCAUAUCCCAUUAUAGAAGACAACCAAAGGAAAAUUGCUACCAAGCUUGGCAUGCUGGACAAUGAUGAAUUGGACACAGCUGGCAUGCCGUUAACUGCUCGUGCUGUAUUUAUUGUUGACCCCAAUAAGAAGUAUAGGCUUUCCAUUCUUUAUCCAGCUACAACAGGGAGAAAUUUUGAUGAGAUACUCCGCGUCAUUGAUUCUAUGCAACUAACUGAUACGGCCAAAGUAGCAACCCCCGCUGACUGGAAGAUGGGCGGCGAAUGCAUGGUGCUACCAACCGUACCUGAUGACAAAUUAACCAGUGUGUUCCCGCAAGGGGUCACUGUAGUGCCUCUGCCCUCCGGUAAGAAGUACCUGCGAAAAACGGCUUGUCCUAAAACCCAUUGAAAUAUAUAGUGUAUAAAAUUUUGUUUCUUAAAACAUCGGGGCUUUUGUAAUAUGGUAAAUGUUCUGUGAUGUGAAAAAUAUAAAAGCAAUAUAGGUACUUCAUAUUUUUGUAUUUCACGCAUUCCUGUUAUUGUUUUGUAAUAAAUUUUGCAUUU